AUGGACGACCCAAAUCAAUACCACGAUGUGCAACUGGAACGGGUUUCGUGCGGAUACUCCGAUGGUUCCUACGGCAUACCAACAAAUGACGGUAACUCUGGGGGCACGUUCUAUAGCCUGUCACUUGCUGAUCGAUUCAACAUUGAAACGACCAACUCCUCUAGUCUUUUCUCGAAGGGGCCCAACCCAGCCGUAGCCCAGCCGAACUUCGAAGAUGGCGCAAUGUUUGGAAACGACCGAGAAAUCAUUCUCUAUGGGUGGGCACUAUCAUUCCGCUCCCUUCUCACGGGCCUUUAUCCUACCAGGGGACUAACCAGGCCAACGGACAGCCAAGAUGUUCCCAACGCCACGGAGGCUCUUGGAUAUCGAUUCUCGGAUGCAGGCUCAGAUCAUGAUGAGGGAUCAUUCUUUAACUCGUCACUACCAGGCAAUAUGACUCGCUACGUCACAAAUGGGGGUCCAGUAUCGGUGCCAAGCGAGGACCUGGCUUUUUAUUUCGGUGGCAUGCGAGGUCGAGACUGGGGUCCUAUCACCUCGGACGAUGCAUCAGCAAACACAUCGGCGAACACACUGAUUGCAGUCAAUAUGGCAGCCAAUGGCGAUCAACCAAUCUGGCGGAACUUGACGCUGCCAAACUAUGUCGCGAGCCGAGCAAACCCGCAACUGGUGUGGAUACCCGUUUCCCAGCAAGGCGUUCUAGCAGUUAUUGGCGGAGUGAAAACCCCAGAAGAGAUAUAUCCCUCCGGUCUUUCAUCCACGCAGCAAAAGCUGAAUGUGAGGCUCGCCCCGGCUCUUCGGGCCCAAAGAGGAACCUUGGUUAACCCAGCGCAGUCCUUGACCGACCCGGAUUUCAUGACUAUUAUUCCAAUUUACGAUAUUGCGCUUGAUACAUGGUAUCUCCAAAACGCCACAGGCGAUGUUCCCUCGGGCGGUCGUUCCUCCUUCUGCUCCACUGUUGCUUCUGCAUUGGAUGGCAGUUCUCACAACAUUUACAUCUACGGCGGCUAUAAUGGGGAAGAUUCCACCACUGCCCCUUAUGACGACGUGUACAUCCUCUCCUUGCCAUCCUUCAUCUGGAUCAGAGCCUACACCGGGAAAUCUCGUCAUGGUCGCAGCGGACAUCAAUGCUUCGGUGUCCUACCGAGCCACAUGUUAGUGGUGGGGGGCCUAUACAAGGAUCCGUCCAUUUGUCUCGAUGGCGGCAUCCUGCAGACAUUCAGUCUCAAUGAUUUGAAAUUUCAAACGACAUACUCUCCCGAGGCUGUCGAGGAAUACCGUGUACCAAGUGUGGUGUCUCAGAAAAUUGGAGGAACAACAACAGGGAACGCCAGUCGAACUGCGCCCGAAUCGUGGGGAGACCCUCAACUCAAGUCCCUGUUUGAUACCCCGUACACGAAGACGGUCACAACCUGGUACCCAUAUACCACAUCGGGAAAGCCGCUGCAACCAAAGACUACGGCGGUCCGAGCAUCCAUGCCUCAGAAAAAGGGCUGGAUCAUGCCUGUUGCUGUCGGUGUGUCUGUCCCUACGGUUGGGGCAGCUUGCGUUAUCAUGAUAUGGCUGGCUAUCAAGCGUAAGCGUCAUUUGCAACAUGGUCUAUGCCACUGUAGCCCCAGGAGACGUCAUUGGCUACAUUUGCUCUGUCUCAAGUCCGAUCGGUCUCGACCAAAUGAGGCAGAUGGGGUCCCGGUCGAGCCGCAACCCGCGGUACGCUCUGUCCGCGUUGUGGGCAGUGAAUGCAAUGAGCUGCCAGCUCACGUUCCCCCAUCAACAAAGUCUAAUAGGUCUUCUAUCGCGGAAACACCGACGCAUAUGUAUCUGCGAGGACUGGAGACUCCAGGGGUAGCACAAUCCUUGGAGAAGAUGCAUCCGUCGCUACACAAGAGAGGUCUCUGA